GAUCAUAAGCCAUGGAAUACCUGCAGUUUUUGCUGCUGCUUUUCUCCAUUUUUCAGAUUCACUUAAACUCUGGUAUGAGCCAGGACUUGGAUUCCACAACCGAUCAACAGGCCUUGCUUUCAUUCAAACUCCAACUCACUGAUCCUCAAACUGCACUUUCAGGCUGGACCAGCAACUCUUCUCACUGCAACUGGUUUGGUGUCACUUGCACCACCAAUGGUUCUCGAGUUGAAUCCCUCCAACUCAGUUCACUCGGCCUUGUUGGCACCUUACCUCAUUCUCUCUCAAACCUCACUUCCCUUACCACACUCAACCUUUCCCACAACUCAUUCCACGGCCAGUUUCAAUUGGAGUUUAGCAGACUUUCCCUCCUUCGACAUAUUGACCUUAGAAACAACUCCAUUAAUGGAACGGUUCCUGCUUCUCUUUCUCAUUGCCAUAACCUCGAAACACUUAGAUUACAAGGCAACAGAUUUACUGGAAGUAUUCCACCUCAACUAGGUAAUCUCCAAAGACUUAGAGCCCUUUUCAUUGCUGUCAAUAAUCUCACUGGUUCAAUCCCCUCUACAUUUGGAAACCUUUCCUCUCUAACAUCUCUUAAUCUGGCUAGAAACAUGCUAGCCGGUGAAAUUCCCAGUGAGCUUGGUCACCUUAGAAACCUUCAACAGAUCCAGCUCUCCGAAAAUAAUCUCUCAGGUCAAAUACCUGCUUCCAUUUUCAACACGUCUUCUUUGAUUUUCUUGUCUGUAACACAAAAUAACCUUUCUGGAAACCUUCCAAUGCCUCCAAAAGAUGGAUUUUACCAUCUCCCGAAUCUCAGAGAACUGUAUUUGGCACUGAACAGGUUUGAAGGAACCGUGCCUGGUUAUAUAUCUAAUGCUUCGAGCAUGGAAGUUCUUGAUCUGUCUAGGAAUAGAUUUCAUGGUGCCAUUCCUUUGUUAGGCAACAUGAGGGAACUUACAAGGCUGGACCUUGGUCAAAAUCUUUUCUCUUCCGAUACUGCUCGGAAUUUUCAGUUCAUUGAUUCUCUUGCAAACUGUACUCAGCUUCAACGUCUGAUGAUCAAUUCCAACAGACUUUCCGGUGAAUUUCCGUCGGUCGCGAAUCUCUCGAGCAAUAUCCAACAUUUUUGCAUUUCUGACAACAUGUUAACCGGUGGCUUCCCUCAGGGGAUUGAGAUGUUGCAGAAUCUGAUAUCUCUUUCAAUCGAGAUCAACUCUUUCACAGGUGAUAUACCAAGGAGCAUUGCUACGCUCAGAAACUUGCAGAGCCUUUUGGUCUACCAAAACAUGUUCUCCGGCGAAAUCCCAGAAAUCUUUUCUAAUUUAACACGAGUUUCCGAGAUUGCAAUAGGAAAUAACCAAUUUUCUGGUAAAGUUCCCAUCAGUCUAGGAGAUUGUCAGCAGUUACAAACAUUGGACCUGUCUUGGAAUCGGCUCAAUGGAAGCAUCCCAGAAGAGAUUUUCAAACUUUCUGGUUUAAACUACUUGAUCUUGGUGCAUAAUUUGCUUUCGGGUCCUCUCCCAAGUGAAGUCGGCAACUUGAAGCAGCUUCAAGUUCUUGAUGUUUCUGAAAAUAACUUGUUCGGGGAAUUAACCUCAUCGAUCAGCGGCUGUUCAAGUUUGCUAUAUCUCAACAUUUCGAUGAACAACAUCACCGGUGAAAUCCCGGAUUCAUUAGGAAGUUUAAUACCGCUAGAGUUUUUGGAUCUCUCUUCCAACAAUCUUUCAGGGCCAAUUCCACAUGACUUGGGAAAUCUAAAGUCACUCAAGAUGCUGAAUUUGUCUUUCAAUCAUUUGGAAGGAGAAGUUCCGAAAGGUAACAUCUUUUCGAACCGCAGCUUUUUCUCGAUCCAUGGUAACGGUGAGCUCUGCAGUAUUGAUCAAGAAAUUGCCAGGAAUUUGGAUAUCCCACAGUGCAAUACCGAGGGAAGACCAAGGAAGCGUCACUUGAUCAGAAUUUUAGUUCCAAUUGCUGGAGCUAGUCUGUUGAUAUGCUUGGUUUCCUGUUUUGCGUGGGCUUUGAUAUCCAGAAGGAAGAAAAAUCGGGUGAAAGGCGGUAAAUCAUCGCAUUCGGUGAAAGGGUUGCCUCCAUUGAUAACUUACUCUGAUAUCCGGCUUGCUACAAACAAUUUCGCAGCCAAAAAUCUGCUCGGCAGGGGAGGUUUCGGGUCGGUUUACGAAGGUAGAUUCGACAACCUUACACUUGCAGUCAAGGUUCUUGACCUGCAGCAAACCAAAGCCGUUCAAAGUUUUCUUGCUGAAUGUGAGGCCUUGAGAAACGCUAGGCAUAGGAACCUUGUGAAGAUCAUCACCUCAUGCUCGAGUGUCAAUCAUAAAGGAGAUCAAUUCAAGGCUCUGGUUUACGAGUUCAUGCCGAACGGCAACCUAGAGAAGUGGCUAUAUCCAGAAGACAUGGAAUCCGGGACUUGUUUGACCUUACUACAAAGAUUGAAUAUUGCCAUCGAUGUAGCUUCCGCCAUGGAUUAUUUGCACAACGACUGCAAACCACCUGUUGUGCACUGCGAUUUGAAGCCUGCGAAUGUACUUUUGGAUGAAAAUACGGCAGCUCAUGUAGGUGAUUUCGGAUUGGCAAGGUUCCUUUCUCCAAGUCCAUCCCAAAGGGAGAACAGCACAAUGGGAUUGAAAGGCUCGGUUGGUUACAUUGCUCCAGAGUACGGCCUAGGGAGCAAAGCUUCGACCAGUGGAGAUGUCUAUAGUUUUGGCAUUCUUUUACUUGAGAUGUUCAUUGCCAAGAGACCAACUGAUGGGAUGUUUAAAGAAGAAUCAAGCCUAAAAAAAUUGGCUACAGCUAUGGAUAGAAAUCAAGUUUUUGAGACAGUUGAUCCGAGGCUUUUGAAGAACCAAGGAAGUUCAUUACAAAGCUCGUUCAUCACUAGCUCCAGCGACAGCAGCAAUGGCGGUGACAGCAGCAUCAACAGUGAUCACAUCGGCCGGAAAUAUGAAGAAUGUUUAACGGCCGUUAUCAGAGUUGGAUUAUGUUGCGCAGCUCAAUCAGCCAAAGAUCGUUUACCCAUGAGAGAAACCUUGACAGAGUUGCAUGAUAUUAGGAAGUAUUUACUUAGAUAAGAAACCUUGACAAACUCGGAAUCAAUAUGAGUAC